UGUCGCAUGAAUCUUACCCUCCAACCCGAUCUUCCAGCAACGGCCUUUCACGAUCCAAUUUCACCCCCAGAAAAUUUCAUCACAAACUUCGUGCUAUGGCUUCACCAGGCUUGAGCUUUCGCUGCGCGCUCGUCACGGGCGGCGGCGGCGGCAUCGGAAAAGCGCUCUCCUCCUACCUCAUCUCGCAGGGCAAGAAAGUCAUUAUCGCCGGCCGAACCGAGUCGAAGCUUCAGGAGUCCGCUCGCGAGAUCGGAGCGGCAGCCUACUACGUGCUAGACACGGGUCUCGUCGACCAGUUUACCUCGUUCAUCGCCAGGAUCACCUCCGAGCACCCUGACCUGGACUGCUUGGUCAAUAAUGCGGGUGUGCAACGGCCGCUGAAGCUCUUGGACGAGGAGUCGGAAGACAUUCUCGCGCGAGCAGAUCAAGAGAUCGAUAUCAACAUUCGUGGUCCCAUGCAUCUCACGCUGCGGUUGCUCAAGCAUUUCAAGAACAAGCCUGACGGUGCUCUGAUCAUUAAUGUAUCUUCCGUGCUCGGGUUCGUGCCCUUUGCGGUGAUCAAUCCCGUCUAUGGCGGCACGAAGGCAUGGCUUCAUUUCUGGAGCAUGAAUCUUCGGACGCAGCUGUCUAAAGGUGGGUAUGAGAAGGUGCGCGUAGUGGAAAUCGUCCCUCCCUCGGUAGCAACGGACCUGCACCGCGAACGGGAUGACCCGGAUGACAACAAGAAGGACAAGAACCCCAGUGUUCUGUCGGUGGAAGAAUUCAUGGAGGAAGUGAGUGUGAAGUUGGAGCAUGGCGACGAGGUAAUUGCACCGGGCAUGAGUGACGAUAUCGUCCGACGGUGGUAUGAGCAGUACGAAGACUUCUACAAUGAGAAGACGGCUUGAAGAAUUAGAGUGAUUCACGGCCGGAGGCAUCUUCAGGGACGAGUCACUUGUUACAAAGUGCAAACAGCCAUUGCGAAGAGGACCUUCAGGGAUAUAAUCCACAACAAAUGACGAGACAUUUCAAAUAGUCUUCAUCUGCGAGCUCGCUCCUGCUAGAGAAAUGGCGAGACAAUCCCCUCUGGCGCCCAUACCUCGUUUGAUGAAUAUUCAGAUAUCCUGCUCAGUUCUUCACAAGAAAGGGCACAGUUGUACAAUAGUCACAUAUGGAAGAGACAGGUCAC